UUGUACGUAUUUCACUUUUUUACAAAACAGGAAGAAAUCAAACUAAACGGGGACGACGCCGGAACAGAAAUCGACUCACUCAUUGAAGCAGCUAAAGCCAGAGCACAACGACGCGAGCUAGAGAAAGCUGUACGUCAAUCAGCGGAAGACGAUACAUUUUUUAAGGAGACAACCACUAAACCAGCACGUCGUGGAGGACUCCAGGCACCGUGGCAUACGGAAUUCAAUGAUACAUCUUAUGCUAAUGGGAAUAAAAGCAAGCUGUCUCUGAAGGAUGUAACAUUCAGACAGAAAACAACCAGUCAGGCUGAUUUUCCGGAAUAUUCUAUUCAAGAAUUAAAAGAAUCGAAACUUCCUUUGAAGAGAACAGAGUACAAAGACUCUGUGCCAUGGUAUCCGGGAUCUAACGGAACAAACGAAGAACAGGAUCAACAAGUGCCUUACAGGCGGUCCUCGGACGUGAUAGGCGAAAGUUAUAUAAACAAAUACGGAAACCAGAAUCCUCAUCGUCCAAAGACAUUCAAAGAAAAGGUGGCUGAUGUGGCUCCCGUAGCAGCGUCUUCCUUGCGCAGCACACCAUACGCGCAACACAAUUGA